AUGGCGCCGCCAGCCGCUGCGGUUGCCGCCGUCCGCAACCACAGCCCGCACCUGCUCCUCCGCUGCGGCGGCGGGGGUCUCCUCCCAUCGCCUCCGGGCCCCGCCACGCUCCCCUUCGCCUCGCGGGGUGCGACGGCCUCCGCGCUCGCGCGCCUGCGCCUGCCGCCGCCGCGGUUCUCGCUCUCCCCCGUCCCGAAGAGCCUCUCCGCCUCCUCCUCCUCCCACGUCCCCGUACGCUCCCUCUUCACCGGCAUCGUCGAGGAGGUCGGCCGCGUGCGCCGCCUCGGCCCGCCGCUCGCGCCGUCUUCUGGCGGGGGCGGCGGCGGCGAGGCUCCCGGACUCGACUUGGAGGUCGAGACCAGGGACCUCCUCGCCGGGACGCAGCUCGGCGACAGCGUGGCGGUCGACGGCACCUGCCUCACCGUGGCGGCGAUCGACCCGGCCGCGUCCACGCUCACCUUCGGCGUGGCGCCGGAGACGCUCCGCCGGACGUCCCUGGGCGGGCGGGCCCCGGGCGACGGCGUCAACCUCGAGCGCGCGCUCACGCCGUCGUCCCGCAUGGGGGGGCACUUCGUGCAGGGCCACGUCGACGGGACUGGGGAGAUCGCCGCGUUCCGGCCGGACGGGGACUCGCUCUGGGUCACCGUGCGCGCGCCGCCGGAGAUCCUCCGCCUGCUCGUGCCCAAGGGCUUCGUCGCCGUCGACGGCACGAGCCUCACCGUUGUCAGCGUGGACGACGAGGGCGGCUGGUUUGACUUCAUGCUCGUCAGGUACACGCAGGACAACAUCGUGCUGCCCACCAAGAAGGUCGGAGACAAGGUGAACCUGGAGGCGGAUAUACUGGGGAAGUACGUCGAGAAGCUCCUCGCCGGGAGGGUUGAGGCCAUGGCGAAGGUUGAUUCGUGA